AUGGCUGAUAGCAGUCUUUCUUCUUCACCUGCAAUGGAAAUUGUCUCUCCUUACAUUCCCAGACACUGUCGGCGAUCUCAGAGAAUUGAUUACCAUCUCUUGAACGAUGGAAGUGACGAUGAAGCGCCAACAGAAGACCGCAUCUUUAAGAGACCUCGUUUGGAAGGCUUAACCGGAACCCUGGAGCCCAUAACACCGGAUGAUUCAGCGAGCCAAUUAGAUCAAGCCCGAAGCUCUCCAGUGGAAUCGCUUCAGCAGACGGAGUUUCCUGUCUGCGGAUCGUCUGAGAUAUCUCAGCGCUCUACACUAUCAACUCGCGGCAGACCGCAGAAUGACUCGCUGUGGGCGCAAUUUAUCAUGUCUCCACUCCCGGGCAAAUUCUGGUCACGGAAAGGGAGCAAGAGACCAGCCGAGGACCGAAAAAUUCAAUGCAGAAGAUGUAACUGGCAAACUUCCGAUUCUGCGAGAGCAACUUCGACUUCCAACAUGAAGAAUCAUAUUGCUAAACAUGAGAUUUUCCUCCACAGCACUGAUGGUGCUGUGGAUGGUGGCAUAAAGCAGCAAUCCAUAAGCAGCCUGUUCAGGAAGAGAGCAGAAACUGAAAUAUCAAAACUGCUGGAGCAAAACUUGAUAAGAUGGACAGUCCUGGACAACAUGGCUUUUACGGCAAUUGAGUCACCAGCAUUUCAACAAAUCUUCAAGGAUACUCCAGGCAUCGCACUUCCAUUCACAUGCCGGAAGGCCGUCGCUCGUCGAAUUGACGCUGAAUUCAUCCUUCGUUUCCAAGGAGCGGGCAGCUAUAUCCGCUGUCUGGCUCAUGUCCUCAAUCUGAUUGUUGACGAUAUACUCUCUGCGCUGAAGUCUGGUGAUAACAAGACAGCAGUUACAGCAUGCGAUCUUAUGCAGGAGAACAAAGAGAUUGGGAUGCACUCUGUGGUAUCCCGCCUUCGAAUCAUGAGCCUCUGGAUCGCAAGAACACCACAGAGAAAACAGCAAUGGAAGGUGGUUUGCCAAACACAUCGAUUGAAUGAUAAGUUCAUAGAGUAUGAUGUUGACACAAGGUGGAAUUCGACAUUUCGAAUGAUCAGGGACGCCUUACAGGCAAAGCAACAAAUCAAAAAGUGGAUUGACAACCAAGCCUACCUUCCACCCUUCACGACUGAAGACUGGGAGUAUCUCCAUCAAAUUGAGCUCAUUCUUGCGAAAUUUGAGGAGUUCACACUCACCGUUUCCAAGCGCCAGCCCCAGAUCAGCCUUGCAAUACCCAUCUACUAUGAUCUUCACGAUAUACUGAAUGAUGCUUCAUCCAGGGAGGGAGAAUUCUCUGGACUAAGUCCAGAUAUUGCUUCUGCAGUAUCCUCCGGGCUGGACAAGUUCAAAAAGUAUUAUGAACUAAUGGAUGGACAAGAUGCCUAUUACGUGGCCCAAGUUCUCGACCCACGAUUCAAAACAUUGUUGCUGGAAAAAGUGUUGGACAAAGUCAGUGCGCCGAAGGUUAUAAGUCACAUAAAAGGAUUACUUCAUGAGCAGUAUCCGCCGUCGCCUCGGCCGGACUCCACUGUCAGAAGUAGCCCGAUCGAACCAGCAGCAAGAACGAUAGAGGCCCGGAUUCUUCAAAAAUUACAGCCACCAAGACGUCAACACUCUGAUAUUGACAGGUACUAUGAAGAUGGGGUUGUGACAGCUCAGGAUCCGGCUGUACAGGACAAGGAGUGGCUUUUCUCUUGGUGGAGGGCUCAUUGCCAUGAGUAUCCACGCGUUGGCUCAGCUGCUAGGGAUUAUUUAGCGAUUCCAGCAUCAGAGGUUGCAGUGGAGAGACUCUUUAAUAGUGGUAGAGAUUUGUUAGGUUUGAGAAGACACUCUCUACAUGGGGAAACAAUGAGACGGCUGGUAUUGUUGCGGGAUGUAUAUAAACCAGAGGGUUCGACGGUGAGCACGUGCUAG